UCACACUUUCUCUCUCUCUCUCUCGUUGAGCAAACGGAUAUAAGCAAAUGGACGCGGCUUUCCUCUGAUAAUUUCCGAAACGUUUCCUCUAUCCUUCUGGAAAAUUUCUUCGUCUGCAAUCUAAAAACUCAAAAACCCAAUUCAAAAUGCCUGGUUUUAGAUCGAACCCACCAAAAAGGUUGCUCCUUUUUCUCAGUUUUUGCCUCCUCGUUGCUUUCACUUCAGCAAGCUCUCGCAUUUCCCACACAGGUGGUGGGAGAGGGGAUGAUGAUGCUGGUGGGUCGGUAGUAUGGGAAACAAGGAGGUCGCUUGCAAGCGGAACUGCCCAGAACUCGUCUCUGCUGUUGGCUGAGGAGAGGACGCGCAGGAGGGACCCACUUGAUAGUUUUAAUAAAUAUAAUGGUGGGUGGAAUAUCAGCAAUGAGCAUUACUGGGCUUCUGUUGGUUUCACUGCGGUUCCCUUCUUUGCCAUUGCUGCUGUCUGGUUUGUGAUUUUUGGGCUGAGCUUGUCCCUUAUCUGUCUCUGUUACUGCUGUUGUCCACGGGAGCCUUAUGGUUAUUCUAGAACAUGCUAUGCUCUCUCCCUCAUCCUACUUAUUUUGUUCACCCUUGCGGCAAUUGUUGGAUGCAUUGUUCUGUACACUGGUCAGGGAAAGUUCCACAGCAGCACAACAAAGACGUUGGAUUAUGUUGUGAGUCAAGCUGAUAAGACUGUUGAAAGCCUCAGGAAUUUGUCAGGUUAUCUUGGUGCAGCUAAGCGGAUUGGGGUUGACUCUGUAUUUCUGCCUUCCGACGUUCAGAGUAACAUUGACAAUAUUAUGACAAAGCUCGACUCUGCUUCCAGUACACUUGAUGAUAAAAGUGAAAAGAAUUCUAAGAGUAUACAAGAUGUCUUGGAUAGCGUGGGACUGGCUCUCAUUAUUGUUGCUGCUGUUAUGCUCUUUUUGGCCUUCCUUGGAUUUGUGUUUUCCAUUUUCGGGUGGCAAGCCUUGUAUACUUGUAAUUUGGUGAUUGUUGGGUGGGUUCUUGUUGCGGGUACAUUCAUAUUAUGCGGUGUAUUUCUCCUUCUCCAUAAUGUGGUUGCAGAUUCAUGUGUUUCCAUGGAUGAGUGGGUCCAGAAUCCCACAUCUCACACUGCAUUGGAUGAUAUCCUCCCAUGUGUGGACAAUGCUACUGCCCAACAGACUGCGAUACAGGCCAAGGAUGUAACCCACCAACUUGUUACUGUGGUUAAUCGUGUCGUCAACAAUGUCUCAAACGUUAAUUAUCCACCUAUUGCCGGACCUGUAUAUUUUAAUCAGUCUGGCCCACGACUACCUGUUCUUUGCAACCCUUUCAAUUCUGACCUCUCGGAUCGACAGUGUGCCCCUGGUGAGGUGGAACUGAAAAAUGCCACCCAGGUAUGGAAGCGUUAUGUCUGCGAGGCUUCUGCAACUGGUAUCUGUAGGACAGUUGGCCGGUUGAAUCCAAUCAUCUAUAGCCAAAUGGAAGCUGCAAGAAACGUGAGUUAUGGUCUGUAUCGUUACGGUCCAUUCCUGGUUGAUCUGCAAGACUGCACAUUUGUUAGGGUUACGUUCACCGACAUAAGUAAAAACAAUUGUCCUAGUCUGCGAAAACAUAGUGAGUGGAUCUACAUUGGCUUAGUAAUGGUAUCUGCAGCCGUGAUGUUGUCACUGAUCUUCUGGGUGAUCUAUGCAAGGGAGCGAAGGCAUCGAGUGUACACUAAAAAGUUUGCAUCUGCUAAAGCCGCCGAGGAAUUCGAAGACAAGGGUGCUUAAAGGUUUCCAUGUAUAAGUGGGCAUCGAACUUGGGUAAAAAUAUGUUUUCGUCCAUGUACAUUCGAGUGAUUUUACCUUCGGAGUUCUUUUGUACAUUGUGGUUUGGUUUUAUUACUAUGCAGUACUCAUUUGUGCUUCCUCAGAAACUCCAUUAGACAAAGCAGUAAUAUUUCGGAGCUGUCAUUCUAUUA